AGUGUCCCAAUGAUUAUUCGUGAGAAGCAUAUUAGAAGCACGGCUAUCCAAGCUGCAAUUUUUUUUUUAUUAUGAUAUAUAAUUUAAUUGAAAAGCAAUGAAUUAGAGCCAUAAUUUAAAUUAAUAUAUAUGUUAUCCAUUGAGGUCAAAACAUAUAAAUAUAUACAUAUAGCCGCAUUGUUAUGUAGUAAGCUUUAAGAAAUUCCAAAUUUGCAAUCAAUGGGUUGGUGAGGAUAGGGUGAUGUAGAUGUUAACAAAAAGGUUGUUUCCUUUUAUGCAAUUCUGGGUAUUAUUUGUGUUUUCUUGAAUUUAUUUGUUGGGUAUUGAAGUUUUGUGGUUUUGGAGCUUUUUUUCUUCUGUUGAAGUUUGGGUUUAUUUGAGUUGCGAUGGAGGAAAAGUAUGAGCCAUUGAAGGAGCUUGGUUCUGGGAAUUUUGGAGUGGCUAGGCUGGUAAAAGACAAGAAGACCAAGGAACUUUUUGCUGUCAAGUAUAUAGAAAGAGGGAAAAAGAUUGAUGAGAAUGUACAAAGGGAAAUUAUAAAUCAUAAGUCACUGAGGCAUCCAAAUAUCAUCAGGUUUAAGGAGGUUUUGUUGACUCCAUCACAUUUAGCUAUUGUUAUGGAGUAUGCAGCCGGGGGAGAACUUUUUGCGAGAAUAUGUAGCGCUGGCAGAUUUAGUGAAGACGAGGCUCGGUUUUUCUUUCAUCAACUAAUAUCUGGAGUCAGUUACUGUCAUUCCAUGGAAAUUUGUCACAGAGAUCUGAAACUUGAAAACACUCUCCUGGAUGGAAGUCCAACACCACGCCUGAAAAUAUGUGAUUUUGGCUAUUCCAAGUCUGGAUUGCUGCAUUCGCAACCUAAGUCAACUGUAGGAACACCAGCAUAUAUUGCUCCCGAGGUCCUUUCGAGAAAGGAAUAUGAUGGAAAGAUUGCGGAUGUGUGGUCCUGUGGCGUUACACUGUAUGUGAUGUUGGUUGGAGCAUACCCUUUCGAGGAACCUGAAGAUCCUAGGAAUUUUCGUAAAACCAUUGGAAGAAUACUGAGUGUUCAGUACUCCAUUCCUGAUUAUGUACGAGUUUCUGCAGAUUGUAGGAACCUCCUUUCUCGCAUCUUCGUUGCAAAUCCAUCCAAGAGGAUCACUAUCCCCGAAAUCAAAAAGCAUCCUUGGUUUCUCAAGAACUUGCCAAAAGAGGUGAUGGAAGGCGGGGAGAAAACGAGCUACAAUGAAGGUGGAAGUGACCAUUCACUUCAAAGCGUGGAAGAAAUCAUGCGUAUCAUACAGGAAGCGAACACUCCUGGAGAGCAAGCCUCAAAAACCGAGGGGAGCGUCGCUGCUGGGUCGUUGGACCCUGACGACGAUGCAGAUCUCGACUUGGAGUCUGAGAUUGACAACAGCUGUGAUUUUCUACCUCCCAUCUAAGGAAUAGAAUUGUGGGAUAAUGAAUUACAGUAUUCUUGCUUGUGUCUGUUAAAUGUUGAUACUGUAACAAAGAAGGCUAUCAUUUUAGUACAACAAAUAUGUUGUGUAAUAUGUGCCUCAAGAAAAAGGACAUUGGUUCUUUGUUUGCCUGUUCUCUCUGUGAAAAUAAUGCAUGCACGCAGUAUUCAAUAAUAAUGUCUCAUUCACCUUGAAA